GGCCACCGUCGGGAAAUGAUAUGGGAAAAUAAAAAAUAAAAGUGUCCGCAAACCCAGGGGCUUGACUUCGUUUUAACUGGCUAACUGUUGACGACUAAAAAUUCACUCUGGACCGAUUUAAUGGACAACUAAGGGGUACCAGUGGACGCCCAGAUACCACAGGAAUGGAUAUCACAAGCCGCUGCACUUUGGGUGACCCCAACAAGCUCCCGGAGGGAGUGCCCCAACCUGCCAGGAUGCCCUACAUCUCGGACAAGCAUCCUCGGCAGACCCUGGAGGUCAUCAACCUGCUUCGCAAGCACCGGGAGCUGUGCGAUGUGGUUUUAGUGGUGGGAGCCAAGAAGAUUUACGCUCACCGAGUGAUCCUGUCGGCCUGCAGUCCUUAUUUCAGAGCAAUGUUCACGGGUGAACUGGCUGAGAGCAGGCAGACGGAGGUCGUCAUUCGGGACAUCGAUGAACGUGCCAUGGAGUUACUCAUCGACUUUGCGUACACCUCGCAGGUGACCGUGGAGGAGGGUAACGUCCAGACGUUGCUGCCCGCUGCCUGCCUGUUGCAGCUGGCAGAGAUUCAGGAAGCUUGCUGUGAGUUCCUGAAGCGGCAACUGGACCCCUCUAACUGCCUGGGCAUCAGGGCCUUCGCCGACACUCACUCCUGCAGAGAGCUGCUGCGAAUAGCUGAUAAAUUCACCCAGCAUAACUUUCAAGAGGUGAUGGAGAGUGAAGAGUUCAUGCUCUUACCAGCCAACCAACUGAUAGACAUCAUCUCUAGCGAUGAGCUCAAUGUUCGGAGUGAGGAGCAGGUGUUUAACGCCGUCAUGGCAUGGGUCAAAUACAGUAUACAGGAGCGCAGGCUUCAGCUACCACAGGUUCUGCAGCAUGUGCGUCUCCCUCUUUUGAGCCCGAAGUUCCUGGUUGGGACCGUGGGUUCAGAUCCUCUAAUCAAGAGUGAUGAAGAGUGUAGGGACUUGGUGGAUGAAGCAAAGAACUAUCUUCUUCUUCCACAAGAGCGGCCACUAAUGCAGGGGCCUCGAACCCGGCCCAGAAAGCCCAUUCGUUGUGGAGAAGUAUUAUUUGCUGUGGGCGGUUGGUGUAGCGGCGAUGCCAUUUCCAGUGUUGAGCGUUAUGAUCCGCAGACCAACGAGUGGAGGAUGGUGGCAUCCAUGAGCAAACGACGCUGUGGAGUUGGUGUUAGUGUUCUGGAUGAUCUUCUGUAUGCUGUUGGCGGACAUGAUGGCUCAUCUUAUCUCAAUAGUGUGGAGAGGUAUGACCCUAAGACUAACCAAUGGAGCAGUGACGUGGCCCCUACCAGUACCUGCAGAACCAGUGUGGGUGUUGCUGUACUAGGCGGGUACCUGUAUGCGGUGGGAGGUCAGGAUGGUGUCUCCUGCCUCAACAUUGUAGAACGGUAUGAUCCUAAAGAGAAUAAGUGGACUCGUGUUGCUUCUAUGAGCACUAGACGGUUGGGUGUGGCUGUAGCUGUACUGGGAGGUUUCCUUUACGCAGUAGGAGGUUCAGAUGGCACCUCCCCUUUAAAUACAGUGGAGCGGUAUAACCCUCAAGAAAAUCGCUGGCAUACGGUAGCACCCAUGGGUACCCGACGGAAACACCUUGGCUGUGCCGUGUACCAGGACAUGAUUUACUCUGUGGGUGGCAGAGACGACACCACGGAACUGAGCAGCGCAGAGCGAUACAAUCCUAGAACCAAUCAGUGGUCCCCUGUUGUUGCAAUGACGUCCAGAAGAAGCGGGGUACGUGUUUGGGAUUGUCAGACCCCAACAGUGAUGAGAUUAAAACGCAACCCCAAUCUAAUUCUCUCUAUUGUUCAGGUUGGUUUAGCUGUUGUGAACGGCCAGCUGAUGGCGGUAGGAGGAUUUGAUGGUACCACAUACCUGAAAACUAUAGAAGUUUAUGACCCUGAUGCAAACACGUGGAGGCUGUAUGGUGGAAUGAACUACAGACGGUUAGGCGGUGGAGUCGGCGUAAUAAAAAUGACCCACUGUGAAUCACAUAUAUGGUAACAUCCUCAGCAUCCACCCACAGAUGCCUCACCAUAGCUCGUGCCUCACAGAGACAUUGUGCAUCACGCAAGAGUAAAGCCUGUUAGACUGAAUUCCGUCUCCGGUUACUGAGAUGGCAAAAGCCAAGGAAUACCAUCUCUUGAAGCUGCUCUGAGGAUACUCAUCUUUACAGCCAUAGACCAUUACUUCUUUCGAAUAAUAAUCUGAUAUCUCUUCAUACUUGAGCAUAGCCAAAGGCAUCUUAUUGGAGGGAAAAGAAAAACAACAGGCGGAAACGCAAAAGUUCAUUUACUUCUGUUACAAAGCCACAUGGAGGUCAAACUGAACAUUUAUAUUCCCUGAAGGAUGUAGGUCUUCAUUGGGCAACUUGACUUGAUUGAAGAAUAACUACAGACGGAUGAAACACAUUACCGGGGAGUGGUGUGAAAGCUGCUUGAAUGAGUGUUUGUACGAUUGAUGUUCUUGUUUUAUGAAUUGGAUGCACUGUGAUAGCUUUACCAUUUCUUUAAGUUGUUCGAGUUCGUUUUUUUUAGUUGUACACUGCGUGUUAUCUUUUCCUCUGCAUUCUUACCAGAUGCAAGCGGAUUGGUUGAUCUUACAUUUUUCUUUCUUGUACUGAAAAUGCAGUCGCUCCCAUAAAAUGAAGGCUUUGCGGUAAAUAAGUUAUUUCUAAAACAAGUUUGGCAUAUUAUCAAUUUGUUUACUUUUAUAUAACUGAAUGCAUCAAUGAAUCGGUCCAUGCACUUUAAUCCACAAGAUUUUCUCUAAAAUAUCUAGUUGGAUGUAUUGUUUUAAGCAUUUUGUUCUUUAUUGUUGAGGAUCCAAGGUGAAACUUUUUCUUAAUCUGAAAUUUAGGAAGAGGUUGCUGUAGUGGCCUUUUGGAAGUGGAAAAACUGCCCAUUUUGUCAAUUCUAUACUUUUUAAACGAGCACCCCUUAUUAAAUUGACAAGUUAUAUAUAUUCACCUGCGACUGUUACAAUGUGCUUUAAGCAUAGUGUCAAAAUCAGGUUUCAGGAUCUUACCUUAUUUAAUUUUAAAUGUUUUCACCAAUUGUCUAUACAUUUCAUAAUGAUGAACAUGAAAAUAAAAAACAAGAAAAAAAACCUGUUGUAUUCCUAAA